AUGCCGGGAUCGCUACUGUUUGACGUCAACAAACUCGAUGUCGAGAAGAUAUGGGAGAGAAACCGCGGACCUUUGCUAGCGGUCAAUCGCUGCGUUCACAGCCUAUACGAAGAGCAAGCUAUAGCUCGACCGAACGCAUGCGCCAUAUACGCAUGGGACGGCAAGAUGACCUACGAACAAUUGAAUCAGCAUUCAACACGAUUGGCAAGCUACCUUGUCACUCAAGGCAUUGGAACCGAGGUAAUGGUACCAUUAUGCUUUGAGAAAUCGAUAUGGGCAAUCGUAGCUAUGUUAGCUGUUCUCAAGGCUGGUGCCGCGUUCGUGCCACUAGACCCAAUGCAUCCAAGAGCCCGUCACGAAGAGAUAUUCAAGCAGACCAAUGCCAAGAUGGUCCUUACUUCCGUAAAUCACGCCGCUCUCUGGCCAAAUUCGGGUCUGCAGUUUCUGGCAAUCGACAAGGCUUUUGUUGAUCAAUUGCCAUGGGAAAACGAGAUCCGGUCCAAAGUCAAGCCAAUUGAUGCUGUCUAUGUUAUGUUCACAUCUGGUAGUACUGGUGUUCCGAAAGGCGUUGUAUUGGAGCAUAGAUCAAUCGCAACAAGUUGCCUUGCCCAUGGAAUGGAGAUGAAACUUGGACCCGACAGCCGAGCACUCCAGUUCGCGGCUUAUACGUUCGAUAUUUGUAUCGCUGAGAUUUUCACGACUUUGAUAUUCGGCGGCUGUGUUUGUGUCCCGUCGGAAGACGAUCGACGUAACGCCUUAUCCGAAGUAAUCAACAACAAUAACAUCAACUGGGCUCAACUUACGCCGACUGUUGCUCGUCUACUAGAUCCCAGCGCGGUCCCUUCUCUGAGAGUGCUCGUCCUUGGAGGAGAACGGGUGGACGACGCUGACUGGAAGAGAUGGGGUGACAAUAUCGUGAAGGUGAACGUUUACGGCCCGACGGAGUGUAGCAUUUGGUGCACUUCGUAUUGCAAUACCGGCCGAGAUUUCCGAUCGGGAACGAUAGGCACGUCAAUGGCUUCUUUUAGUUGGGUUACCGACCCGGAAGACCACAACAAGCUAGUGCCAUUUGGCACAAUUGGCGAACUUCUGAUAGAGGGACCGAUCCUGGCACGCGGGUACCUCAACGACAUUUCGAAAACCGAGGCUGAUUUCGUUGAUGACCCUGUCUGGCUGAGGCAAGGCAACCGCAACGAUGAAUCCACUCGACGACAGGGAAGACUAUACAAGACUGGUGAUCUAGUCUACUAUGAUGCCGACGGCAAUCUGGUUUACGCGGGUCGUAAGGACAGCCAGACUAAGGUGAGGGGUCAAAGAAUUGAGUUGGGUGAGAUUGAGCAUCAACUCAACCAAUGCAUGUCAGGCAUCAAACAAGUUGCGGCUGAAGUCAUCCUACCAUCAGGUGACCAAGCAAAAGCGAUGGUUGCAGCAUUCGUGCAGCUAAGCGAAGAGCCACGCCAUGCACUCGUCCCCCAGACUUCUAACGGUAACUUGGAAGUGCAAGUGAUCUUCCCAACCUAUCUGGAUGAGUUGCUGGUUCAGUAUUUGCCCAAGGACAUGGUGCCUGAGGUGUACUUUGCCGUAGCGGAACUUCCAUUGACAACAUCCGCCAAAGUGGACCGACAGAAGCUGCGCAAAAUUGGCGCCUCCUUUUCUGCACAACAAUUGGCCCAGCUUCGAACGUAUAGCGAUGAUCCAAAGCGACAACCAGAGACUGAGAAAGAGCAGAUCUUGCAUCGUCUCUGGGCACAGGUUCUGAGCAUUGACGCCAGUUCAAUUGGUAUGAAUGAUAGCUUCUUCGAUCUAGGCGGCGAUUCAAUAGCAGCUAUGAAGCUGGUGGGUGAAGCGCGCAGAUUAGGAGUACACAUCAGUGUGGCAGUCAUCUUCCAGAAUCCCACGCUAGAUGAGUUGACCUCUGCAGCGAUCCCUUCCCUCGACGUUUCUGAUACCAUCAUUCCGCCUGUUAGCCAUGUCGGACCUGUUGCACAAUCAUUCGCACAAGGUCGGAUGUGGUUUUUGGAAGAACUUCACCCUGGUCUUACCUGGUAUCUCAUGCCGAUUGUUGUGCGUAUGAAGGGCUCUCUGGAGCUGGCAGCGCUCCAAUCGGCGCUGAACGCAAUUGAGAACCGGCAUGAGACCCUUCGGACGACAUUUGAGACCAUUGGGGAUACAAGCAUGCAGCUAGUUCACCCCUAUCAUGCCAAGGAGCUGAGUGUCACCGACAUAGACUUGCAAAGCCUCGCAGAAGUUCUGCAUCAGGACCAGACAACUGCCUUUGACCUGCGCAAGGAGUCCGGUUUGCGAGUGUCAAUCUAUCGCAUCAGCAACGAAGACCACGUGCUAUCUGUCAUAAUGCACCACAUUAUCUCUGAUGGCUGGUCUACUGAUGUGUUCACGCGCGAGUUGGGCGCGUUCUACUCAGCCUCGAUACAAGGCCAGGACCCCUUUCUUCAUGUCCAAGCUCUACCCAUCCAGUAUCGAGACUUCUCUGUGUGGCAGAGGCAACAAGCUCAUAUUGACAAACACCAGAGCCAGCUCAGUUAUUGGUUCAAUCUGCUGAAUACCAGCAGACCCGCUGAGCUGCUUUGCGACAAAGCUCGGCCAGCUGUUUUAUCUGGACAGGCUUCCAAGCAAACGAUCCAGAUUGGUGGCCCGCUAUACAUUCAGCUACUCCAGUUCUGCAAAGCGAAAGGAGUCACAAAGUUCAUGGUGCUAUUUGCGGCCUUUAGAGCUACACACUUCCGCCUCACUGGCCAAAACGAUGCAACUAUCGGCACUGUGAACGCCAAUCGGGAUCGAUGGGAGCUUAAAGAUAUGAUUGGUUUCUUUGUCAACCUGCAAUGCCUUCGGACUACGAUUGACGGGGACCAAUCGUUUGAAGAACUGGUUCAGCAAGUCUAUGAAGCAACAAUUGCUUCACUUGCUAACGCAGACGUCCCGUUUGAGAACAUUGUGUCCAAGCUCAAGAACAGCAGAGACUUGUCUCGUCAUCCCCUUGUACAGCUUGUUUUUGCUAUGCAUUCCCAGCGCAACUUGGGACAACUGACACUUGAGGGCCUGGAAACAGAGAGCCUGGAUAACGCACCGAAGUCAAGAUUUGAUCUUGAAUUCCACUUUUUCCAGCGAGAAGACAGCCUGAAGGGUGAAGUUGUCUACUCCACCGACAUUUAUUGUCCAGAGGCGAUCGACAACAUGCUGUCGAUCUUCCAAAUCGUUCUCGAAGGGUGCCUCCAAGAGCCGAAAGCUGCGAUUGCCUCCUUGUCAUUGUUGCACGACGUCGAAUUAUCGAAGCUCAAUAGCAUGGGUCUGAUCCAGGUUGAAAAGACGGAUUAUCCACGAGAGUCGAGCGUAGUCGAUCUGUUUCGCCAGCAAACUUCCCUCUGUCCGUCCAGGAUUGCUGUGAAGGACGCAUCAGUAACCAUGACUUAUACUCAGCUGAACAAGAAAUCUGACAUUCUUGCUCAGUGGUUAGCCAAACAAUCGCUCGCUCCGGAGACACUGGUCAGCGUAUUAGCAGGGCGCAGCUGUCAGACUAUCGUCGCAUUUUUGGCUGUUCUGAAGGCGGGUCUAGCAUACCUACCGUUCGAUGUCAAGGUUCCGACCAAACGCAUGAGUACAAUUCUUGGUUCACUCUCAGGCCCCAAAUUUGUGCUUUUAGGCGAAGACGUACAGCCUCCUUGCGUGGACAUCAGUGACGUUAGAUUCGUACGCAUCACAGAAGCGUUGGAUGAGCAAACUCACGAAGGGUCCGCCUCUCAUAAUAUCGUCAAUCCCACAGCCAAUAGCCUUGCCUAUGUUAUGUUUACGUCAGGGUCAACCGGUCAACCAAAGGGGGCCAUGAUUGAACACCGUGGUAUCGUGCGCCUAGUGAGGGACAAUAACUUUGUGAAACAUUUGCCGGCUUCGCCAGUCAUGGCGCACAUGACGAACCUGGCCUUUGAUGUCUCUACAUGGGAGAUAUAUGCUUCACUACUGCAGGGCGGGACGCUAGUGUGCAUCGACAGGAUGACAGUGUUGGAUCCAGAGGCUGUGCUACGAACAUUUCGUCGAGAGCAUGUCAGAACAGCCUUCAUGACACCAUCUCUCUUCAGGACUUACGUUCAGCAAUCGCCUGCACUGUUCGCUGGUCUCGAUAUGCUUUGCGUUGGGGGUGAAGCACUUCAAUCAAACGACAUCCUUUCUAUGAAAACACUUCGCACAGGCAAGAUCAUCAAUGGCUAUGGGCCAACCGAAAACACAACGUUUAGCACAACUUUUGUGCUUUCAAAAGAAGGACAGUACCCGAACGGCGCGCCCAUUGGCCGUGCGCUUAGCAAUUCUGGCGCUUAUGUCAUGGAUUUGAAGCAGCAGCUUGUUCCGCUAGGGGUCGUUGGGGAGCUUGUAGUCACGGGCGACGGCCUGGCACGUGGAUACACCGACCUUGAGCGCAACAUAGACCGCUUCAUAACGAUACAAAUUGGGGGCGAGGUCGUGAAGGCUUACCGUACCGGUGACCACGUGCGAUAUCGUCCUGCAGACGGCCAGCUAGAGUAUCUCGGCCGGAUGGACGGACAGGUCAAGAUUCGGGGACAUCGCAUCGAGUUGGGUGAGAUUGAGCACGUUGUACGUAGCCACGGGUCUGUAAGAGAGGCUGUAGCUGUGGUGCAGCGGCAGCAAAAUACAGAUGAGGCUGCUCGACUGGCCGCUUUCGUCACAGUCUACGAGGAUGACGAAUUGGUUGACGAAAGGCCAAGCGGCAUCGACGAAUCGGAGCAUGUCGACGUAUGGGAAAACCAGUUCGACUCCAAAGUCUAUACACCAAUCUCUAAAGUGCUUCCUGAAGCCAUUGGGCGAGACUUCAUCGGAUGGACAUCUAUGUACGAUGGCAGCGCGAUCGACAAAGUGGAGAUGAACGAGUGGCUAGACGACACGAUCGACACGAUGCUCAACGGUCAUCUACCUGGCAAGGUGCUUGAGGUAGGCACAGGUACCGGUAUGGUUCUUUUCAACCUGGGAGAUGGUUUAGAAAGCUAUAUCGGGUUGGAUCCAUCUUCAAGAGCUGUGGAAUUCGUCAAAGACACAGUCAGAUCAGUACCCGCGUUGGCAGACAAGGUUCGAGUCUACAAGACCACAGCGACGGAGGUCGAUCGACUAGAACAUAUCGAUGCAAGCCUUGUCGUCAUCAACUCAGUCAUUCAGUACUUCCCAAGCCUUGAAUACCUUUUCAAGACCACACAACAACUGCUGGGAAUAGAGAGCGUCUCUACCAUCUUCUUUGGCGAUGUGCGGUCUUAUGCGCUACACCGAGAAUUUCUUGCAACUCGGGCAAUGAUCAUGGCUGGCGACAGUGCAGACAAGGCUGAAGUCAGUCGCAUGAUAACUGACAUGGAGCUGGUCGAAAGAGAGCUCCUGGUGGAUCCAGCCUUUUUCACUGCUCUGCCUGAGCGUCUGCCAGACCUAGUGGAGCAUGUCGAGAUUUUGCCAAAGAAGAUGAAGGCGACAAAUGAGCUAAGUUGCUUUCGUUACGCCGCGGUUAUCCAUGUUAAGCCGCGAGAUGGGCGAAAGCAAAAGCAGGAGAUUCGACACGUGGGACACGAUGAAUGGAUCGACUUCAGGGAGCACAAGCUAGAUCGCCAAUCUCUCUUGGGACGGUUGCAAAGCAAUUCUAGCUCAUCCAUCAUAGCUGUGAGCAACAUCCCGUAUAGUAAGACGAUCGUGAGUCGGUGUCUGAUCGAAUCGAUAGACAACACAGUGGCAGAGUUGUCUGAUCCCCAAGACUGGUACUCAUCAGUGUGUCAGCAGGCACAGUGCUGUUCAUCCAUGUCUGCUACUGACCUAUAUGAAUUGGCGAAGGAAGCCAACUGCCGCGUUGAAGUUAGUUGGAGCAGGCAGCACUCCCAGUGCGGUGGUCUUGACGCUAUUUUCCAUCGAUACCCGCCGCGUGAAGGAGAGAACAGGGUGAUGUUCCAAUUUCCUACCGGCCACGCAGAGCGACCCCUACACAGUCUGAGUAGCAUGCCAUUACGGCAACAAACCCUACAGAGAAUCCAAAGACAACUCCAGGAGAUGCUUGAAGCUCAGCUGCCUGCCUAUAUGGUCCCCCAAACAGUUACGUUCCUCGAAACCAUGCCAACCAACCAGAACGGCAAGAUAGACCGGAAUGCCCUCACACAGCGAACCGAGAUCCAGGUUGCAAAAGGCCAGGAGUUUCAAAGAGAGCUCACUAGGGCAGAAUUAAAAAUCCAGCAGUUAAUCGCGCGCGUACUUCGCAUCGAUUCGGACCGCAUUGGUCUAGAUGAUAGCUUCUUUCAGCUAGGUGGAGACUCAAUCGCGGCCAUGAAGCUAGUUGCUUUAGCUCGAGACGAAGAUAUCCGACUCACCGUGGCAAAUAUCUUCCAAUAUCCCAAACUUAUCCAAUUGGCUGCCGUAGCGCAAGAGCAUGUUCACGUUCCCAAUGACAACAUCGUCCCAUUCUCUCUCCUGGAUGACGAGGUCGAUGCAACGCAGACACACCACGAGGUGGCAGUCAAGUGUGACAUCGAUAGGGGUAUUGUGGAGGAUAUCUACCCAUGCUCGCCGCUUCAGGAAGGCUUGAUCUCGCUGACUGUGAAGCGGCCGGGGGAUUACAUCAUGCAGACCGUGCUGGAGUUGCGGGAGGAAGUAGAUGAGACAGCCUUUAGGAUUGCAUGGGAGAAGACGGUUCAGUCUUUCCAAAUCCUGCGAACGAGAAUUGUCCUGCAUGAUACCCUUGGACUUUUGCAGGCUGUCAUAGCGGAAAAGAUAAAGUGGGCAGAUGCAGACGACCUCGCUACUUAUCUAGCUCGAGACAAGCUGUCAUCUAUGCAGCUUGGCAAGCCGCUUGCACGCUACGGUCUUGUUCGGGACACUCGCAGAGAAAAAAAGUGGUUCGUAUGGACAAUUCACCACGCGAUAUACGAUGGUUGGGCGCUCAACCAUAUCUUGAGUGCUGUGCAGACAGCAUACAAUGGCGCGGAACCGGGAAAGCAGCUUGGCUUCAACAGCUUCAUCAAGUAUCUCCGUCAGAUGGACGAAGACCCUCUCGCAGAAUACUGGCGAACCACACUGAGCGACUGCGACGCGAAUGUCUUUCCACCACUAGUGUCUGGGGUGCAGCAGCCAGUUGCGGAUGCAACAGCGGAGUAUUGUUGCCCACCACUUCCCAAGAGAACCUCGAAUACUACUAUCUCGACACUUGUCCGUGCUGCCUGGGCAAUCGUUGCUAGCGGCUACACCAGCUCAGACGACGUUGUGUUUGGGGCGACAGUCACUGGUCGAAACGCACCAGUGGCUGGCAUCGAGUCCUUGGUGGGUCCUGUUAUUGCAACAGUGCCUGUUCGGAUACGGUUGCAGAGAGACUCGACUAUACUAGAAUUUCUUGAAACAGUACAGAAACAGGCAACUGAGAUGAUCCCGUUCGAGCAAACAGGCCUACAGCGAAUCGCCAAGCUUGGACCAGACACCGAACAUGCGUGCAAUUUCCAGACGUUGUUAAUAGUGCAGCCUGCAGAGGACGCCUUCCAAUCGGACGAUAUAUUUGGGACGUGGGAGUUUGGCUCGGGUCUGCAGGACUUCACGACGUAUGCGCUGAUGGUGCAGUGCAAGCUGGCUAAAGAGGGUGUCAAAAUCACGGCCAGUUUCGAUGCGGGUUUAGUCGAACAGUGGCAAGUUGAGAGAAUGAUAGGCCAGCUAAGCUUCGUCAUGCAGCAGCUAGCGCGAGGUGAUUCAAGAACAAGAGUCAUGGAUAUUGGAAUGAUUACACAAGAUGAUGAACAGCAGCUCUGGAUGUGGAACCAGAGACCACCACCAGCUAUCGAUCGCUGUGUCCACGAUCUUUACUCGAACCGAGCGAAGUCACAGCCGGAAGCGGGUGCAAUCUGUGCUUGGGAUGGUGUAAUGACGUAUAAAGAGCUUGACGAACGAUCAUCGCGGCUAGCAACCUAUUUGGUCCACAUCGGUGUCAAACCGGAAACCAUAGUGCCCUUGUGUUUCGAAAAGUCAAUUUGGAUGGUCGUAGCCAUGCUGGCUGUGCUAAAAGCAGGGGGUGCCUUUGCGCCCUUAGACCCGAGCCAUCCGGUAUCUCGACAUCGAGAAAUCUUCAAGCAAACUAAGGCCAACACGAUGCUCACAUCAUCUCAGUACGCCAAUCUCUGGUCUGAAUGCAUCCCCACUGUCGUGGAAAUUACCGGACACUUUAUUGACCAGUUGACGACAAAGCCUUACAGCACUAAGACAGCAGUGCAGCCAGGCAAUACAGCGUAUGUCAUCUUUACCUCUGGUAGCACGGGAGUACCUAAGGGUGUUCAAAUGGAACAUAAGGCCGUUUCCACGAGUUGCUCAUGUCAAGGAUUAGCGUUCGGUAUCACGGAGGAUACACGGGUUCUUCAAUUCGCUGCCUACACCUUUGAUGCCUGCAUCUUAGAGAUCAUCACAACACUCCUACAUGGCGCAUGUAUAUGCAUCCCUUCUGAGACGCAGCGCCGCGACGAUCUCGUCAACACAAUCAAUACGAUGAAAGUAACAUGGGCGCUGUUAACUCCAGCCGUCGCGAGGAUUUUAGACCCACAGAAGAUAGUAUCAUUGAAGACAUUGGUUCUUGGCGGCGAGAAGGUCAACGCUUCAGACUGCGAUAUCUGGAGUGGCCGUGUACGACUGAUCAACGCCUACGGGCCCACUGAAUGUUGCGUCUCUUGUGUCGCAAGUCCCGAUAUGAAGGGACUCGAUCCGGAACCCAUCGGGAAGCCGAUUGCGUCAGUUGGCUGGGUGGUCAAUCCUAAUGAUCACAAUAGACUAGCACCGCCAGGCGCAAUCGGAGAGCUGCUGGUUGAGGGACCAAACCUAGCCCGCGGCUACCUGGAUGAUGCGAAGAAGACAGAGACAGCUUUUGUCCAUGAUCCUCUCUGGCUGCUUCGAGGCUUUGAAGGCUACAGUGGGCGGCGAGGUAGACUGUACAAGACAGGCGACCUGGUUUACCACACUGCAGAUGGUGAUCUGGUCUAUGUAGGCCGCAAAGAUGGUCAGGUCAAAGUGCGAGGCCAACGCAUUGAGCUUGCCGAGAUUGAACAUUGUCUCUACCAACAUAUCCCAGAUAUCAAGGAAAUAGCAGUUGAACUCAUCUCGCCGACAGGAGGAAAGCCGAUGGUCGCAGCAUUCCUGAAGGCAAAUCCCGAGCUGCUCAAUGGCAAGCUGUCCGAGGGGGACUCUGGGGUAUACGUCGUAUACCCAGCCCGAGUAGACAGCGAGCUAUCUCAGCGACUACCCGGAAACAUGGUGCCUGAGGUUUACUUUGGACUCACUGAAUUCCCGAUAUCAACCUCUGGUAAGAUAAAUCGAAGGCGACUACGCGAGAUCGGAGGCUCUUUUUCGACCGACCAACUAGCGCGUUUACGCACACAGGAAAACGAGAGCUCCAAUCGGAAACCAGAAACAAAGUAUGAGAUGGCGCUGCAGAAGCUAUGGGCUCAAGUGCUGAAUAUUGAUGCUACCUCCAUCGGACUGAACGAUAGCUUCUUCCAACUAGGGGGCGACUCAAUUUCGGCUAUGAAGCUUGUGAGCGAGGCGCGUAAUGUCGACCUGAUUUUUUCUGUUCAAGACGUUUUCCAGGUGCAGCGACUGGGUCAGCUAGCCAACCGAUUGGUCGACCCUCCCACUUCAAGUCACAGUGCAAUCACCAAAAUUGAUCAUCGGCGACCCGUCCAUCAAUCGUUUGCGCAAGGCCGACUCUGGUUCCUAGAACAACUGCACCCAGGACUAGAUUGGUAUCUCAUGCACCUUGCAGUACACGUCAAAGGUCCACUCCAACUCCCUGCACUUCAGGCUGCACUACAGGCGAUAGAGCAUCGUCAUGAAACACUAAGGACAACGUUCGCCACCAACAAUGGCGAGAGCCUACAGGAAGUUCAUCCUUUCUGUGGAGGAAGAGAACUAAAUGUCAUCGACGUUGGUUCAAACGAUGACAAGAUUCUGCUAGAAGCACUUGAACGGGAUCAGAAGACACCAUUCGAUCUUCGGUACGAGCCUGGCUGGAGGAUAUCAGUAUAUCGUAUCAACGAAGUUUCUCUCGUUCUAUCGAUCGUCAUGCAUCAUAUCGUCUCAGACGGCUGGUCAGUUGAUGUUCUGAAGAAAGAAUUAAGCGCUCUAUAUGCUUCCGCCAUCCGCAACGAAGAUCCCAUCUUCUGCUUGCCACCUUUACCCAUUCAAUACAGAGACUUUUCUGUCUGGCAGCGACUACCGGAGCAAGCUCAAGAACAUCGACGGCAGCUGGACUACUGGAUCAAUCAAUUAGACGGAAGUCGGCCAGCAGAAUUCCUCUACGAUAAACCACGACCAAUGACUCUGUCUGGUAAAGCGGGAACGCAGAGACUCAACAUCAGCCAUCAGCUCUAUAACAGGCUGCAAAGAUUUGCUAGGCAACGUGGAAUGACUCCAUUUGUCGUCCUCCUCGCCGUAUUCAGAGCCACACACUAUCGUUUGACCAACCAAGAUGAUGCAACUAUCGCAGUCCCUAAUGCGAACAGAAGUCGCCCAGAGGUCGGAGACCUGAUUGGGUUUUUCGUCAAUAUCCAGUGCAUCCGAAUGAAGAUCCAGGAUGAAACCUUCGAAGAGCUAUUGCAGCAUGCCUACAAGACGGUAGUAGACUCCCUUGCCAACCAGGACGUACCUUUUGAAAGUAUUGUUUCUGCAUUGCAAGGGGACAGGGACUCUGCACGCAACCCUCUCGCGCAGGUCGCCUUCGCUGUUCACUCACAGCAAGACAUAGGGAAGCUCAAUUUUGAGGGCGUCGAGACAGAAGCUAUAGAAGGCCUAGCGACCUCACGAUUCGAUCUCGAGUUCCAUUUCUUCCAGGAAAAGAAUGGUUUCCAAGGCUAUAUAUACUUCUCGGAGGAGCUUUUUGUCCCCGAGACUAUACGUUCGCUAGCAUCUGUCUUCAUCAGCAUCCUCGACAACUGUCUCGACAAGCCAGAGACACAGAUCGCCGUAAUGCCACUCAUGACCGUUGAGGCCCACACUCAGCUCGACCAAAUGGGGCUCCUCCGCAUGCAUCAAACAGCCUAUCCCCGGAAUUCCAGCAUCGUGGACGUCUUCCGCCAGCAAGCCGCUAUGCAACCUUCAAGGGUGGCCGUGAAGGACACAUCAACAGACUUGACUUACGCACAGCUAGAUUCACAAUCAGAAAAGCUAGCAAAGUUCCUAGCGACGAAGUCAUUUGCCCCUGGAACAGCAGUUGGUGUUCUGGCACAUCGUUGUUGUCAAGCAAUCGUUGCUUUCAUUGGCAUCCUGAAAGCUGGCUUGGCCUAUCUACCAUUCGAUCACAAAGCGCCCGAAAAACGGAUGGAGUCCAUCUUCUCGACCAUUGAAGGCAACAAAUUGGUCUUGAUUGGCCCGAAAAUCCCACUGCCAGGUACUGGACUCAAAGGUGUUGAACUCGCCCAUAUUGUCGAUAUCUUAGACGCAAAUGAAGAUGCUGAGUUUACAAGGAACGAACUGGAUCCUACUCUCAGACCUACUGCCUCUAGUCUGGCUUACAUUCUCUUUACGUCUGGCUCUACUGGUCAACCCAAAGGAGUCAUGGUCGAACAUCGCGGCAUAGUACGUUUGGCACACCACGAUCAAAUGGAGCACUUCAGAUCAUCCGGAGCGAUGGCUCAUAUGGCAAAUCUUGCUUUCGAUGGGUCUUCCUGGGAGAUCUACACAUGUCUCCUCAACGGAGGUACACUCGUUUGUAUCGAUGCGACAACCGUGCUAGACCAGGAUGCUUUAUUACGCGCGUUUAGAGAAUCCCAGAUUCGGAUCGCUUUCAUCACACCCGCUCUGCUGAAUUACAUCCUGGCUGAAUCCCCAGAUACGAUAGGCAACUUGGAUACCCUGCUUGUAGCAGGAGACAGAGCUGAUAUAGACGACGUUUUCAUGGCACGACAUCUUGUGAGAAACAAAGUCGUUGCCAAUGCAUAUGGUCCAACUGAGAACUCGGUCAUGAGCACACUGUAUAUUCUGUCUGAGGAUGAGGAUUGUGUCAAUGGUGUGCCUAUCGGACGAUCUAUCAGUAACUCAGCAGCAUACGUGAUGGAUCCGGAACAAAACCUUGUGCCACUUGGAGUUGUCGGAGAGCUUGUUGUUACUGGAGAUGGUGUUGCCAGAGGAUAUACCGAUCCUAGCCGCAAUGUUGAUCGUUUUGUGACUAUCACAAUCGGACACCAAACAAUGCGAGCUUAUCGCACUGGGGACUAUGUCCGCCAGCGGCCUCGAGAUGGGGAAAUGGAAUUCUUUGGUCGCAUUGAUGGGCAAGUAAAGAUCCGAGGCAAUCGUGUUGAGCUAGGAGAGAUUGAGACUGUCCUUCGUGGGCAUGAGUUGGUGCGCGACGCAGUUGUUGUAGCAGAACAACGAAAAGACAAGAACCAGCGACUUUUUGGCUACAUCACACUCAAAGAAGACUUCGAGAUGCGUAGCGUGCAGAACAGCGAUGACAACCAGAUACAGCAUGUGAACGCGUGGGAACACCGCUUCGAUACCGAGACAUAUGCUCCAAUCAUCGGUAUCCAGUCUGAGACAGUGGGCCAAGAUUUCAUCGGAUGGACGUCAAUGUACGAUGGCACCGACAUCGACAAGACCGAAAUGAAGGAGUGGUUGGAAGAGACCAUCGGUUCGAUCCACGACAAGGUUGGCGGGCAAUUGGGAAACGUUCUUGAGAUCGGAUCAGGAUCUGGCAUGAUCCUGUUCAACCUCAGAGAUAGUUUGAAACACUAUACUGGGUUUGAGCCGUCAAGAAAGGCAGUCGACUUUGUUACGGGAACAGCCAGGUCAAUACCCUCGCUUGCCAACAAAGUGGAGAUGUAUAAGGCUACAGCGGCCGACAUCAGCAAAGUGGACCAGCCGCUCCAGGCCGACUUGGUUGUUCUGAACUCUGUGGUUCAGUACUUUCCCAGCCAAGGAUAUCUAUUCAACGUGGUUCGAGACUUACUCAAGGUCGAUGGGGUCAAAACGUUAUUCUUUGGGGACAUUCGUUCUUAUGCCCUGCGCCGGGAAUUCUAUGCAGCCAGAGCGCUCUUCAUGGCUGGCGAAAGAGCUAGUCAAAAGGAUCUACGACGUCUGGUCGAGGAUAUGGAACAGAUCGAGCAAGAGCUGUUGGUCGAUCCUGGCUUCUUUACUUCACUGACGCAUCGUCUCCCUGAUCUGGUCCAGCAUGUUGAGAUUCAGCCCAAGAGAAUGAGAGCGACAAACGAGCUUAGCUCCUACCGCUACACGGCAGUCGUUUACUCUCGAUCCUGGGAGCCACCGUGCGGAGGACUCCGAACUAUCCCUGACAAUGAAUGGAUUGAUUUCCAGGAACAGGGCCUGAACCAUGACUCUCUUCAGCAGCGCAUCAAGGAUGUUUCAAGCACACAUUCUCUAGCCGUGAGCAACAUAUCACAUAGCAAGACGCUCUUUGGAAACUGCCUGCUGAGCGCAUUGGGCGACGGAAAGGCCAGAAAACCAGUCCACACGGAUUGGACUGCUCACAUAAAUCGACAAGCUAAGGGGAUACCAAGCCUCUCUGCCGCUGACCUUGACGAGAUGGCUAAAGCAGCAGGCUGUCAAGUGCAGAUCAGUUGGAACAGACAAUACUCACAGCAUGGCGGUCUGGAUGCUAUAUUUUACCCUCGUCAAAUCAAUGAUGGGAGUGACAAGGUAGGGUUGAUGUUUUCAUUCCCAACCGAUCAUGCCGACCGCCGACGACAGACCUUGAGCAACAAGCCAAUGCGACAGCAGCUGGUCAAGGAAGUCCAACAGCAACUGGAUGAGCUUGUCAAAGUUCAGCUACCUUCAUACAUGGUUCCGCAAUCUAUCCAAGUGUUGAACCAACUUCCGAUCAACCAGAAUGAAGUUAACCAGGGAGGUCUGCAACGGGGACUAAGCACUGCAGAGCUCAAAGUACAGCGCAUACUAUCGCGGGUACUUGGAAUCGAAGCUAGUCGUAUUGGGCUAGAAGAUAGCUUCUUCCAACUGGGCGGAGACUCGAUUGCUGCUAUGAAGAUAGUCGCUGCAGCGCGCGAGGAAGAGAUUCACCUUACUAUCGCAAACAUCUUCCAGCACCCUAAGCUCGUCAACCUGGCGACUGUGGCUCAAUUUUCUCAACAUGAAGGUGAACAGAAGUCAAUUCAGCCGUUCUCCCUUCUCUCGACAACCCAAAGAGACUGUCUUCUUCACGCCAUCCCCAAGAAUACGUCCAAUGUCAACGGAAACGACAUUAUCGACAUCCUUCCAACGACAUGGAUGCAGAAUCUUUUCAUCUCCCGGGGCGUCAACAUCCAACCCCUGGCGUUCAAUUACUUCUUCCUCAAUCUGGGGACCCGCGUUGACGCCUCCCGCCUUCGACGCAGCAUCCCCACUCUCGUCCAACACUUCUCCAUUCUCCGAACAAAGUUUGUUUACGUCGACGGGGUACUUUGGCAAACUGUCCUUCGUAAACCACACGUACCUUUUACGGAGUUUCAUCUGGACAUGUCUCUUGAAGAAGCAGCUGACACUGUCUGCUUGGAGGACAGUCGGACCACUGAUCCCCUGGAGUUGGCUACUGCCUUCAUGCUGAUACGAGGCACCUCCAAUGAACACCUUCUGGCAAUUCGCAUCACGCACGCUCAGUACGACGGUGUUUGUUUCCCGUCGUUCGUGAAAGCACUUUUUACCAUCUACUCCGGAAAGUCCGUGGAGCCUGCGCACAACCACUCCACCUAUCUGGCUUAUACUCGGGGCAAAAAGUCAGUCUCAGCCCUGCACUGGCGUAAUGUCCUGCACGGUUCGCGAAUGACCAAAGCCACCCCGUUGCUCGGUCCAAGCAUUCGACAUGACAUAACUCCAAUUGAGGUUCAGACAGAAAACAUCAUCGGCAUGCCUCAUGUCCCGACCGGUCUUACUCUGGCUUCCCUCGUCAGCGCCGCCUGGGCAAAAGUUCUCUCACAACUCACUGGAGAAGAAGAUAUCGUCUAUGGAUACAUGGUCGCUGGCCGCAAUGCUAAUAUCCCGGCCAUCACCAAGAUUGUCGGCCCGUGUCUAAACAUCAUCCCAGUUCGCGCACGGUUGCAUGCAAAGACAACUUCGACUGAACUAAUACGUUCAAUUCAAGAACAGUACAUCGCACUCGGUGAAGCAGAUUCGAUGGGGUUUGAUGAAAUAGUCCGCACCUCUACAGGCUGGCCGGCCGAUACAGAGUACGACUCCGUGUUCCAGCACCAGAACCUGAAUGAACAUCCCGAAUUCAACUUUGAAGGCACCAGCUCUAGGCUCCAUUGGUUUCAAAACCCUGAUUCGGUGCCUUGCAUUCUUACUGUGGUAUCCUACCCACUUGGAGACGGGCUUAGGAUUGUGGUUAGGGGUAACGAACAUAUCAUAACGUCAGAGAGUGCGGAGAGAAUCAACAAACUGCUCUGUGAGACGAUCGGAGCACUGUCUUCUUCGCUCCAGUAG